AAGAACGCGAACAUCUAAUUCGUCCUGCGAAUCUCCGUUUGUCGAUCAAAACCCUACCUUUCUUCUCGAUCCGAUCGCGAUCCGCUUCGGAGGCCGGAGGAGCGCAUGGCUCUCCGAUUGGCAGCCUGCUUCGGGCUCGCCGCAUCGGAGUCACCGUCGACGGGCGCCGGGCCAAGUUCUACGACUUCGAUCUACGAGACCCGUCGCGGCCCGGCCGCCCUCACAUGGUCCCGCGCCGCCUUUGGUCUCGCCCUCCGCGCCGAAAUUCGCCUCUCCGAUGACGAGCACUUUACGUUUUCCAUACGGCCGUCGCUCUUGUGGGGGCGGAGGGGAUCGCGGCGGUUUCGCGUCAGGGACCGCCGCCGCGUUGAUUUCGCGUGGGAUCUCUCGCGGGCGGUUUUCUCGUCGGGCCGAUCGGUCCGCCCCGAGCCCGCCGGUGGGUUCUUCGUCGCUGUCGCGGUCGAUGGCGUGAUGCUCCUCGUCGCCGGCGACCUCGUCGAGGAGGCGUACAGGAAAACGCGAGCUCGGCGGCCAAAAGCCCCCUUUUUGCUUCCGCCUCUGGCCGCGCGUCGGGAGCUGGCAGCGGUAGAGGACCUUGUCGGCAGGGGCACGUACCACACAGUGGCGCUGUGUGGACGCCGGGAGCGGGAGAUCUCGAUCGACUUGGGUGCCAAGGAAGCCGGACGGGAUUCUAGGAUGUCGGUGGCCGUCGACGGCGAGCAAGUUUUCCACGUCCGCUGCCUCCAAUGGAAGUUCCGAGGGAGUGAGAGGCUGGAGAUCGAGGGCGGCACUCGGAUGCAAGUCUCCUGGGACCUCCACGACUGGUUAUUCAAGAGCAAGGCCUCCCCCAGCAGCGACGCCGCGGCGGCGAGGGUGUGCGGCGUGUUCUUGUUCCGAUUCGAGGAUGACGUGUCGCCGAACAGCUCGGUCAAAGAUCUCCCCUUUGAUGAGGAUUCAAGGAACGGAAUCCACAAAGUUCCCGCCUUCGAGGAGACCGAGACCAGCACUGGCUAUGGCGGAGCAGAUAGAGCGGCAACUCCUCCUCGUUGGCGUCAGCAUAGGAGUCGGAGCUCGUCGUCGGCCUCUUCUGCAUCCACGGCGAGCAGCUCGACGGUGACGGGGUGGUCGAGUCUCGAGGAGCUGGAAUUGCAGAAGCCAGAAGGGUUCUCGUUGCUGGUGCACAUCUUCAAGAGCUAAGAAACAUAGUAUCAUGAGGCUGAAUUCGAAUAGAGGUGGAUGCAAAGGUAUGGGUGCAAUGGAGGGUUAAAUCCAAUGGCAUGUCGUGGAACUCUUGUGUGUACUCUCCAGCAAUGGCUACACCACCACCUCCUCGUCGCUCAAUCUCCGGUGCCUGCAUCGAUAUGGUGGUAAAUGGUGAAUACUCUCAUUUCUAAUUUUCUCAUUAAUUUAUCAAAGGAUCAACACGGAUAAAAUAAAUCAGAACAGUUACUCACCUUUGGAAAAUGGAAGGUUUUUACGCCUCCAUUUAUGGUUGUGGAGUAAAAGCAAUCCAUUUGGCUUCCUCCUUUUCCAUUUAUUUGUUUAUUUUUGUUUUUUUAUUAAUUUCCAAAUUUGUUUUCAUUUUCCUUUCAAACUCGAUUGAAUUCUUAAACUAAAACUAUAUUUGAUCUA